AUGGCCAGAUUCACUCAGACUGAAACAAGACGACAGCAACAGCCAGAGCAGCCCCAUCCCGUUCACACCAGCCUGGUUUUCACUGGACCGGGGGCAUCACCAACCCAACAUCCACUACUACUGAUUCCGCACCAGCACCAGUACUCUCAGAUCACAUUUCCAAAACCCAUGAACGGGUCAGAAUCCAUUUCCAUUCAUCCGGACAGCGGCAACAUGAAAGACCAAGAUGCCAUAAAGCUGUUUAUCGGGCAGAUACCGCGGAACCUAGAGGAAAAAGACCUGAAACCUCUAUUCGAACAGUUUGGGAAAAUCCACGAAUUGACAGUUCUGAAGGACCGAUACACCGGGAUGCACAAAGGCUGCGCCUUCCUCACCUACUGUGCCCGGGAGUCAGCGAUCAAAGCGCAGAACGCCCUCCACGAACAGAAAACACUGCCAGGGAUGACUCGGCCCAUCCAGGUGAAGCCAGCCGACAGCGAGAGCCGUGGAGAAGACAGGAAGCUCUUUGUGGGGAUGCUGAACAAACAGCAGACUGAGGAGGACGUGUACCGCCUAUUUGAGCCCUACGGAGUGAUUGAGGAAUGCACCGUGCUAAGAGGUCCGGACGGAAACAGUAAAGGCUGUGCCUUUGUAAAGUUCUCCACACACGCUGAGGCUCAGUCUGCAAUCAGCGCCCUGCAUGGCAGCCAGACCAUGCCGACCGGCUCCGAUUCUCUCCCCCCCCAGGGCGCCUCCUCCAGCCUGGUGGUGAAGUUUGCCGACACCGAUAAGGAGCGCACCAUCCGCCGCAUGCAGCAGAUGGUGGGGCAGUUCGGCAUCUUCAACCCCGCCAUCGCCCUGCCCUUCAGCUCCUACAGCACCUACGCCCACGCCCUGAUGCAACAGCAAGCCGCCAUCAUGGCCGCUACCCACGGGGGCUACCUGACGCCUAGCGUGGCCUUCCCCACCGCACAGAUCCACCAGAUGGGGGCUCUCAACAUCAACGGCCUGCCCCCCACCCCCAUUACCCCGGUGUCGGGGGACUUGCACCAGGCCUUGGGUCUCAGCUCUCCGCCCGCCAACAUCGCCACCUCGGGCGUGCCCAGCAUCGUCACCCCCAUCGUCAACGGCUUCACCGGCAUCCCGCACCAGCCCAACGGGCACCCCGCCGUGGAGGCCGUCUACACCAACGGCCUGCCCCCCUACUCCGCCCAGAGCCCCACGGCUGCAGACACCCUCCAGCAGGCCUUCACGGGCGUACAGCAAUACACAGCGAUCUACCCAGCGACCACGCUGACCCCUAUCGGUCAGACACUGCCACAGCCACCACAAGUCAUCCAGCAGCAACAGCAGAGGGAAGGACCGGAGGGCUGCAAUCUCUUCAUCUACCACCUGCCGCAGGAGUUCGGCGACAACGAGCUCAUGCAGAUGUUCCUUCCGUUCGGGACGGUCAUCUCCUCCAAGGUCUUCAUGGACCGAGCCACCAAUCAGAGCAAGUGCUUCGGUUUCGUGAGCUUUGAUAACCCAGCCAGCGCACAGGCUGCCAUCCAGGCCAUGAACGGCUUUCAGAUCGGCAUGAAGCGGUUGAAAGUGCAGUUAAAACGGCCGAAGGACGCCAGCCGCCCGUACUGACAGCCCCGCCCCUCAGCGUUCAGCGCUACAGCACAGGUUUUGAAGAGAAGUGAAGAUAUCCUGAAGGAGUUAAACUUUUUCUUUAAAAACAAACAAAAAAAGUAAAAAAACAAAAAACAAAAAAAAACACAAAACCACGAAAGGGAUUUUUUGAAGACAUAUCAGCAUUUACUUACGAAGACAUAUUGCAGCAACUGAAAGCGCAGGAGGAGGAGUUGGCACGGUAACGAGGGAGGACAUCAACAGCGGCUACGGCAAGCCCAGGUGGACACAAAGCCUAACCUGAAGCCUAACUGAACAGACCUGAAACUUUGAACAACAGAGCUUUUUUCUCGUUGAGACUUGAAUUGUUAACUAAGCAACAAACAAACAAAAAAGCAGCAACAACAAAUAGAUUUCUAUAUACAUAUUAUAUACACAUAUAUAUAUAAAAAGGAAAGAGGCGCUUGUGGCUUUUACUACACUGGACAAAUGAGGGUUAAAACUUGAAGAUCAAGGAAAAAACAGUGGAAAAAAAGAAGCAUUUCUGUCCCACUGAUGGACCAUUUCUCUCUUUCUCUUUCCCUCUUUCUCUUCCUCUUUUCUCACGUUUCUCUCAGCAAGCGCAGAACUUUGACUUUCUGAGGUCACUGAGGUUUCCAUAGCUACAGUACAACUGAAAAUCUCUCACCCCUUAGGGACCAAAGGACCAAACAUUUUUAUUGUUCUCAACAGUAAUGUAUAAUAUUAAGAUGAAUAAUACUAAUACUACAAACUACUACUAAUAAUAUUACAAGUAAGAAUAAGAAGAACUACUAGCUUCAGGGCGUAGGAGGAAAAGGGGAUUUGGUUUCUUUUACCUUUAUGCUACUGGGUUUCAAAAUAUUUAAACAAAAUGCAAAAAAAAGAAAAAAAGAAAAAAAAAUAUUUUAAAAGCUAUAAUAGGAGAAUAUUUUAAAGCUGUUUUAGUGGCGUAGACUAUGUGGAUUAGAGAUUGUUGGGGGCACGUAGGGAUCUGUCGUAAACAGACACACCUCACCCAUGGAAACGAGAUUGAAAAUCCCGAGGCUUUAACUGGGACACUCUGCCGUCUUACGAGCCUGCUUAUAUUUCCUUUUUUCAAAAAUGCUCGAGAUAUGAAUUUCUGGGUUACGGGUUGCAUCGCGGAAUCCUUGGAUGAGCCUCUCCCUAUUCAAAGCGCUCGCGUUUCAGAAGCGAAGGGCACUGUGGUACAAAAUUCUCUUUAUUCAUAUCUCUUAGCAGUUUUAAGCUACGCUGUGAAAUGUUCAGUGUUGAAUCAGCUCUUAGAGUGGAUGUGUCCCUGUUGGACUCGUAUGCACUCUGUUAGAGUGAAUUAACGCUCGAUGUUCUACUGUGUGCCGGGGCACGUUCAAUCGGGAAAAAAAACAUUUUGCUACGUCUUGCUACGGUACGAUAUGUUUCCUCCCAAUGGUGUGCAAUCUUCUGCAAUAGGCGCUGAAGUAUGUUUGCUCCCGUUUGGUCGGUGUGUCGAGGGUGUACCCCGAAUCAAUAAUGAUGUAGGCCGACGCUUAAAAAAAAAAUACACCGUACAGACAUUUUUUUAAACGCCUUCUCCAGACGUCAUAGGAGCAAACUGUACGUCAGUCAGUCCACCCACGGUUUGCAACUGGCACGAACACACGCCACCGUUUCUGUUUAAAUAACCGUUUUGCUACGUUUUUUCGGGGCUGAAUGUGGCGCGGGUGAAAUAGAGUGGCGCAUUGGUUCGCAUAGCAUGUAGCUACGUAUGCGGCGUGUUAAGGCUCACAGUACCGCUAGGACACAUUCCAAACGAUCUCGACAGCAGGGUGCUCGGGUGGACUGCGUUAACUCGAGCUGAACGGGCAGAAAUAAAUAGCAUUAGCGGCGCGUGCAUUAGGACGCUUUUUAAAACCUCCCCGUUAACCUUGCUCCACAUCUGAAUAUACUAAUGAGCCACCUGCCUCUCUGUACCCACUGGCAGCUCGCGGUGGAUUAAUGUAAAACGGGGGAGGCACUGUGUGCUGCCGGUAUUGAUCGCGGGAUCAUACAAACACAGAGCGGGCGAGAACGAGUCCUUUGGGCUUUCUCCGCAUACAAUUCACAAACCCCUGUGCCAAACUGGGAGCGCACAGAAAACUCUCCCUAACUUGAACACUGCUAGCGUAUCCUAAGGCAAGCUGGCAGAACCGUAAAGGUGUUUUGCUCCCCAAGUUUCAAUCGCGGGCGCUCGGUUGUGAGAGCGACCGCGCUUGAACGGUACUUCUGACGAAAUGUUUUCAAAUAGGGACGCAUAUUAAAGGGUAGCGGUUUCUGUAUGCCUUGGUUGAAAAGAAGACGGGAGAGUUAUAAAAAAGCACCGUUAAUUAUCUCCCCCCCCCCCCCUUUCGUUACGUGAUGGUCUCCUCUGCCAAAAAAUUAGGACACAACACACUGCCAACCCUUUCAGGAAGAUAUAUUUUCUCUUUGUGAGAUAGAGACCGUAUCCAGCACAGUAACUAUAAUAGCGGCAGCCUCACUAAAGUGCUGAUAAUGCAGGUACUUUGAUAGCACAGUGGCCACAAAGUGCCACACCUGUAACGUGGUCUUACCCAGGGGCAUUGCCAGACCCAUGUUUACUGGAGCACGUGCCCAAGACAUCUUUUUCUGUGCCCCAGUAUAAUGAUACUGAAACAUAAUAUGUUUUUGCAAUAUGUCUAAAAACAUGUCAAGAGUAAGUGUGGUGGUGAUUAUAUUUUAUAGUAGAUGAGUAGAUUAGUCCCUCCCAAAUAGUGACCACUAUCACCUAAUAAUGACGGUGUCACUGUCAUACCUGGCACAGAUUUAAACUGGGGUUUCAAGGGAUGAGAGUACUGGAGGUCUGUACCACCACUUUCAUAACCGGUUAAUACAAUACACAAAUUACCCAGACACAAGUUAGAGAAGUGCCCAGUGAAUGUCACAGACCUGUCGGGUUCAGCGUGUCCCUGGAAAUCAGCCCCUCUCCUCCAUACACACACACACACACACACACACAUUACUCCAGAUAGGGACCAUCGCUUUACAGGGACUUGAGGGAUAAUUAGGAUAAUGCUAAUAUUGAUCAGACAGCGAUCUGCUCCGCGAGGCUAGAGAUGAGGAAUCAAUUACGCAUUGGCGUUCACAGCAAAUUGACUGACUGACAGAGUUCAUUUUUCACACGCGGUCUGAGGAGCGUGGCAGGC